GCACCAUCGUCCACCGGAUCUGAAGAAGGCCGCGCCGGGAAGAAAGCCGCGCCCUUGCUCCUCACCGGCGCCGCACUUCAUCCCUCCUGUGCCCCUGCUCCUCACCGGCGCAUCCUUCCUCCCUCUGUGCCCUUGCCCUGAGCUCCACCACCUCCAGACCAAGCACAAGAUGGUUUUGUUUGAUGACGAUGAAGAUAACAUUAUGAACCAAUUCUUCGAAGACGAUGAUGAGUCUGAUGAUGAUGCUCUUAUCUUGAGCUUGAUUGCAAUUGAUGAGGAAGAUGAGAGAAGGAAGAAGAGGCGACGUGGAUCAGUCCAUGGACGUGAGGUUGUUUACAGAGACAUACAUGGUGGCAAUUUGAGACUUGUUGCCGACUAUUUUGCAGAUGUACUAGUGUACAAUGAUAAAUUUUUCAGGAGAAGGUUUCGGAUGUCAAGAAAUCUAUUUUUGCGGAUUGUUGAAGGUGUAGAAGCUCAUGAUGACUAUUUCAGGCAAAGGCCAAAUGUUGUAGGGCUACUUGGUGCCACUGCAUUGCAGAAGGUGGUUGGUGCAAUUCGUAUACCAGCCGAUUCAAUGGAUGAGGUAGUGAGAAUAGCAGAAAGCACAAUGAUUGAGGCCUUCAAGCAUUUUGUUACAGCUGUAGUAGAUGUCUUUGGAGAUCAGUACUUGAGACCUCCAAAUGAUGAUGACAUAGGGAAGCUUUUGGCCUCAAAUGAAAGGAGAGGAUGGCCAGGCAUGCUGGGUUGCAUAGAUUGUAUGCAUUGGCGAUGGAAGAAUUGUCCUACAGGUUGAAAAGGAUACUAUGAAGGACAUGCUGAUGGUCCUACAAUGAUCCUUGAAGCCGUGGCUUCUCAAGAUUUAUGGAUUUGGCACUCCUUUUUUGGACUACCGGGCUCGCUCAAUGACAUCAAUGUAUUGCUGCGAUCACCACUAUUCCAAAGGUUAAAAUCUGGAACUUCUCCUCCUGUUGAGUACUUUGUGAAUGGCAACAAAUACAAUAUGGGAUACUACCUAGCUGAUGGCAUUUAUCCUUCAUGGGCUACUUUUGUGAAGAGUUUUCGAAACCCACAAGGCAACAAAAAAAUUCACUUCACACAAGCACAAGAAUCUGUGAGGAAGGAUGUAGAGAGAGCAUUUGGAGUUCUUCAGUCUAGGUUUGCCAUGGUGAGAGGACCUUGUAGGAUGUGGGACAAGGAUACCAUUUGGUACAUCAUGACCGCCGCUGUUAUUUUGCACAACAUGAUCAUAGAAAAUGAGAAGGGGGCUGAGGAAGAGGAUUUUGACUAUGAUCAAGAUGGUGGUGAGGUGUUAAGGCCAGAGGAUUAUCAUCGUGACCCACUCGUUUUGAGUGACUUCUUGCGUAUACAUAAUGAGAUUGAAGACCGAACAAUUCAUGAGCAACUUCGUGAUGAUUUAAUGGAACAUUUGUGGGCACGUCAUGGUUCGUCAUAGUGAGAUUUAGAUUAUCUCCGUUGUGUGGGCUAUUUUGAACUAUGAGAUUUAGAUUAUGUCCACUCGUUUUGAACUCAAUUUGAACUUUGUAAUAUCCUACUUUGAAUAAUUAUGUUUGAACUAUGAGUUUUAUUUGUGUUUGA